GCGCGAGCGACGGCUGGGGCUGAAAGGGUCGGGCCGGUACUGCGAGGCCCGGCUCAGGUCUGUGGGUCUAGGGCCUGGAGUGCGAGGCACCCGUGCAGGAGAGGGAGGGGCAGAGGGUGCCUUAGUACUGCCCUUUUUUUGCAUUCAGAAGAUGGCCUAGCUGCGCUUUAGAGAGGUUUGCAUUAGCUCCGAGCCUGUCUGACAAGUGAGGAAACUGAGGCCGAGAAGUGGGAGGCCUUGCCAUCUGCUGGGCCACGCCACCUGCUAAGGGGAAGCCGGGGAUCAAGACCUCGGGGUCUGCGCUCCCACGCCCGCUUGAAUCCGUGGGCGUGAGGAGCAAGGGCCCUGCUCCUUUCUUUCCCUGCGGGAGGCUGCAGCAGGCUCCCUGGGGGAGGAGCUCGGGACGCAGAGGAGGAGCCAAGGCAACCCCAGGAGCAGGGACGCAAUCCUCUGGGGUAAGAGGCAGAGCCCAGGAGGAACCCCGUCAGCCAGGCGGCAGAAAGCUCCGGGCGCAGCCUCAUGGAAGACAAGCAGAUCUUGUGCGUGGGGCUGGUGGUGCUGGACGUCAUCAAUGUAGUGGACAAGUACCCGGAGGAGGACACGGACAGCAGGUGCUUGUCCCAAAGAUGGCAGCGCGGAGGGAACGCAUCCAAUUCUUGCACCGUCCUGUCCCUGCUCGGAGCCCCCUGUGCCUUCAUGGGCUCGCUGGCCCCGGGCCACGUUGCCGACUUCCUAGUGGCUGACUUCAGGCAGCGGGGCGUGGAUGUGUCCCAGGUGGCCUGGCAGAGCAGAGGGGAAACCCCAUGCUCUUGCUGCAUCGUCAACAACUCCAAUGGCUCCCGCACCAUUGUGCUCUACGACACGAACCUGCCAGAUGUGUCUGCUACAGACUUUGAAAAGGUUGACCUGACCCGGUUCAAGUGGAUCCACAUUGAGGGCCGGAACGCGUCGGAGCAGGUGAAGAUGCUGCGGCGGAUAGAACAGCACAACGCCUCGCAGCCUCCAGCCCAGAAGAUCCGCAUGUCUGUGGAGGUGGAGAAGCCCCGGGAGGAGCUGUUCCAACUGUUUGGCUAUGGAGAUGUGGUGUUUGUCAGCAAAGAUGUGGCCAAGCACCUGGGGUUCCGGUCAGCGGGGGAGGCCCUGAGGGGCUUGUACGGGCGUGUGAGGAAAGGGGCAGUGCUUGUCUGCGCCUGGGCUGAGGAGGGCGCGGAUGCCCUGGGCCCCGAUGGACGGCUGCUGCACUCGGACGCCUUCCCUCCGCCCCGGGUGGUGGAUACUCUGGGGGCCGGAGACACCUUCAACGCCGCAGUCAUUUUCAGCCUGUCCCAGGGGCACAGUAUGCAGGAGGCGCUGAGGUUCGGCUGCCAGGUGGCCGGCAAGAAGUGCGGCCUGCAGGGCUUUGACGGCAUCGUGUGACCGCCCUGGGGCGGGGGGGGCCCUGGCUCAGAGCACCCCCUCCCUGGAGGCUGGCGCCUUCCCAGCCACCACUGCCUUCUUCCCCGCUCCAUGCAGCCCGGCAUCUGCGCUGCACACCCCCUGGG